AUUAGAGACAAUAUACAAUAAUGAUCUGUACAAAUGAAAUAAACAAUGCGGGGUACUUGAAUUGAUUCUACAGACACUCCUACAGCUUUUUAACCCUCUUAGAACAAAAUCAAGACCAGGUAAUCUGAUGGCAAAAUUUUUUCUGGACUCGAUAGACACUUCACAAUAAUAGCGCUGGGAAUUUAUCACAUUUUUUGGGGGCUCUAAGGCCGUGAUAUGAUGGCAAAUUUGGGAAAGGAAAUUAAAGUUAAUCCUGGGAUCACAGCCACACCAAAAUGAAGAGACAAAGAGAAAUGGAACUAUACAUGUUUAGUUGGCUUUACAAGUGGAGCUGAAUUGGGCAUUUUGAUAGCUAUUUCCACUCAGAAUUUCCUGGAAGAAUUGACCAAUCAUUCUCUUUCCUAUGGCCAAGUAUGUCGUUACAAUUCGCACAUAACAGUAAGCGUAGAUUUAGGAUCUCUAAGUAUAUAUAUUAUACUUUUGAUUUCCUUUCUUACAUUCAUAGUCCCAUCCCAUUGUCUUCCACACCGAUCAAGAUGAGUGAAGGAGCAGCUAAUAAUGAGACUCCGAAACUUCAGACUCCCCGUCUGAAUCAGAGGAUCCUUUCAUCUUUGUCAAGGAGAUCAGUUGCUGCACAUCCUUGGCAUGAUCUUGAGCUUGGAUCUGGAGCUCCCCAGAUUUUCAACUGUGUUAUUGAAAUUGCAAAGGGAAGUAAGGUGAAAUAUGAACUUGAUAAGAAGACAGGAUUGAUCAAAGUAGAUCGAGUUUUAUAUUCGUCUGUGGUCUAUCCUCAUAACUAUGGUUUCAUCCCUCGCUCAUUAUGCGAUGAUAAUGAUCCGCUGGACGUUUUGGUUCUCAUGCAGGAGCCAGUACUUCCUGGAUGUUUCCUUCGAGCCAAGGCCAUUGGAUUGAUGCCUAUGAUUGAUCAGGGAGAGAACGAUGACAAGAUAAUUGCAGUUUGUGCCGAUGAUCCAGAGUAUAAGCACUACAAUGAUAUCAAAGAGCUUCCCCCUCAUCGCCUUACUGAAAUCCGUCGUUUCUUUGAAGAUUACAAGAAAAAUGAGAACAAGAAGGUUGCAGUCGACGAAUUUUUACCUUCAUCAACUGCUAUUGAAGCCAUCCAGCACUCCAUGGACCUGUAUGCUGAGUACAUUAUGCACACUCUCAGAAAAUAGAUAAACAGGCUGUAUUUCAGUGGAGGAAUCAAAUCCAUCAGUUUGAAUAAGUGAUAUAUAAACUCGGUUGCAACAAUUUGUAAUUUUUGAUGAAUCUUAUUCAUUUGAGGAACAUUUAAAAACUUGAAUUUACUUAACAGCAGCAAUAUAUGUUUUUCCAUUGCAUAAAUGUAACACGUUUCUGCUAGAUUUCCUUAAGAAAACAAUGAAAAUACAGUAGCAUUCCUUAGGCCAAUUCAAGGCU